GACGUGGGUGACGCCCGGUGGCGGGGGAGGGGUGAGUAUAAGGAGAUUCUCAGCUCCCACCUCCCAUUCACUUCCCUGCGCUCAGCUCUGCUACAUACAACACAGAGACCUUCAGGAACAGCAGUCAUGGUGUCGGUGCAGGAUGAUACGUUAGACGAGGUUCCGCUCCAGGAGGAGGACAGUAUGGAGUUCCGGAUGUUGAUGGCGUAUGCGCAGCGCACUUUACCCAGCAGUACAUUUGAGCAACUGAAGAGCCGAACACCUAAAAAGAAGAAUGAUGGCGUCGCCUCUAAUGGGGAGGGUCACACAGAUAAGGGGAACUCUGCAGCGCCCCCUAAAAAAGAGAAAAAGAAGAGACGCUGGAAGUUCACCCCAAGUUGUCUGCGGCCUCCACGAGAGAAGACACAGAUGAUGAGAUCCCAUCCACCAGAGAGUGCGGAAGAGGCGCGGGUCGGAGGACUCGCCGAGAGACUAAAGAACAUUGUCCAGGAACUGGAGAGACAAGAUCAGGAGAGGCCGGAGUUCAGGGUGCUGAGGAGAGAGUACAGCAUCCAGCACGACGGAGACAGUGAUGAGGAUUUGAUUCACAAUAUCGUUGAGUUUUUGAGGAGAGAAGGCGACAAAAUAAAUGACCAGAUUGCCCAGAAGCCGAGCUUUUUCCAGGGACUCCAGUCCUGCUGGUCUUACGGCUUCUUUCAGAGACUGACUGAGACGUACGUGGAGCAGAUGGUCCCUGAGAACGUGCCGGAGGACGUGCGGCAGAGCAGUAAGAUUGCGCUGUGCGUCCACGCCACCACCGCGCUCACCGCCUUGGACAGUCAUCCCAUGAACAGGAUGUUUGGGUUCGGAGCCAGAUACCUGAAGGAAAACUACAGCCAGUGGAUCAAGGAGCGUGGAGGAUGGGAACAAGUUAUGGGAAUCCCAGACUCCCAGGAGGAGGAGUCAGAAGAGGAAUGAGGCGGAGCCAGAUGCGGAGGAGGAGGAGUCAGACACCACGCCCACUGCUGUGAUCUCAGGGAUCAGGGUCGGACUCUAUCACUCAGGACAUCGGUUCUUAUAUUUUUAUAUUGUUGCCAAAGCCAAUAAUGUUCACUUCCCUCCCCCCCCCCUGCCAAUGAGUGAACCGACGCAAUGUGAGGGGCCGGACCCCCACUGACCGCCCGCAGACAGCGCUGAGGAUCCUGGUUUACAUUACAUACAGCUCUAUGUAUGGAACAAUAUACUAUAGACAUGGCGUCCACAUGGAUAAUGAGCGACCACGGGAGGAUAAAGGGAGGGGCCUGUGGAUCAGGUCAUUGCAAGGGUUAAUCGGCUGUUUUUGAAGCUCAGAAAUCUGAUAAUUGUAGCGUCUUAUAA